UCUCAAAUCUCGGAAUGUUUGGCAUUUCACAAUUUUCUGCGAUUAUAAAUCCACCACAGACUGCAAUUUUGGCCGUCGGAACUGGUCGAACCGUUUUAGACACCUCGCUGACAAAAUCGACAAUGAUGACCGUGACGUUAUCUUAUGACAGGCGAGCGAUCGACGAGGACCAAGCUGCCGAUUUUUUGGCGGUUCUUCGUGUCAUGUUGGAAGAUCCGACUUUUCUCGCUGUGGGCAGAGCUCAGGCUUUAAGACAUCGACGCGAAUGAAAAAAAAUUUUUUUAAUGCAAAACAUAGUUUGAGAGUUUGUGAAAAAACUCGAAUUGUCUCCUGACUUUAAAAAAAAAAAAAAAUAUUGUACAAAGGCCACG